AUGGCCUUCAGCUCCCGGUCACAGCUGCAGAGACUGACCUUGUCCAUGCCAAACUGCGUCAAGGGUGAUGAAGAUGGAGACACUGAGGAGAAUGCCCUAGCUGAACAGGAAAUCCCGUUUUGUGACCCUUCGUUUCAAGACAGAGAUUUGCCAAGUGAUGGUCCGAUUGGACGGAUCUUUGAUGUUUUUUCUCCGCAGUCUGAUCCAGAUCUGGUAAGUGAAGUGUCUGACGACUCCCCUCGAGUUGUCGAGGAUUCUCCACCUGAAAGGUCCAGGUCCAGGUCGCCCAGACCCAACGUUGUUCAGGUCAUUGAAGGUGUUCCGGUUGAUGCCAUGCCUGCUCCCGAUGCAGAUGGCUUGUCUCCAAGGGAAUCCGGGCCACUCCCUAUAAUGCCCGAUGGUAGGCCUCUAUGGCGUGAUGGGACUUUGGUCUUCCAAGUUAGGUCUGAGAUUCGUCCAGUGCAAUUUGCAAGAGAUCCGGGGGAUGAUCGUCCUGGGGUCAGUCUCAGUUUGCUCUUUGAUGUUGGUGCGUAUAGUCGUGAACUUUGGAACCGAGUAGAAUGGAGUGUAGCUGAGCUGGUUGCACUUGAUCCCAAUCAGAUGCUGCAGGUCAUUCCGCCAGUGAUUGAAAAUCCCACAAAGCUUUGGUCAGUUCGCAAUCAGGUCCUUUCUGCACGUGAUCGCUUGUCAAUUUUAGAAAAUCAACUUGGGGUGAUGGCAGAUGAUGAAAUUCUGUUCCACCUGGAACAGCUGGAUGCAGAAUGCUUGAGUGGGGAUGAAUUUCCGCCAAAGAGGAUUGGUCUUAUUGAACCAAUUGUUGCGGCAGCUUGGCUUGAUCCCAACUCGUUUGACUGCACGGACUGGGCGGCUACGCAUCCUGAGAUCCGAGCGGAAGGAAUACAACUGGUUGGUGCCUUUUGUGUUGACUCACACUGGAUACCGGUUCUCCUUACGCCUUGGGGAGAUAAUGCCCGGAUCUCUUCAUUUGAUGCUACUGGUGAGUUGAAUGCCAAACUUGCGAGCAUUCUGACUAGGGUCGCAGGAUUUCCUCGAUUGGGCGCUACGUUUUCAGCUUGGGAAGAACAUCAUGUGCUGCGUCGCAAGUUCAUUCAAUAUCGCAAUCGGUCCACAGAAGUGAAGAGGCCAUGGCUCUGGGGAUUUGGUCUUUCAGAUGAUGAGGUGUUGAUUCAGGCUAGCAAUGUUGAGCCGGUGGAGUUGGUGCCUGCAGUGUGCACAGACCCUCCUGGAUGGACAUCUGUUCCAUCUAAUCCAGGCCCACCUGUAGGUGCUGUUCGCUGGUAUGGAUCUGCCAUUGUUACCAAGAUCAUGGAUUGGUUCUGGGAUGCGGUAGACAAGGAGCCUGGCCCUGUGGUGUGGGUCUCCAAUGCACAGCUUUACAUUGACUAUGCACUGACCACGGGUGAUGCGGGGCCCAUUCAUGUCCACCGAUUGCAGGACAGUGCUGAUGUUCCUUUGGAUGCGCUGCUCAGCAUUGGGUUCAAAGAGCGGGUCCGAUGGUUUGGCAGGGUGUUGAGGGAGAUCCUGAAGCACGCAGGAAUUACCUGUGAAUCGCGCUACUGUAGGAGAGCGCGGUCAGCCCCGCCCCCAGGCCAAGCAGCCUUAGAGGCGAAUGAAGAGGCUGAAGUAAGCCUGGUCCCUCGGAAGGAUCGCAGGCGAAGAGACAAGGCCGAGACAAAGGCCGAACCACAAGAGCCGAUUCUAGAAGAAGAACUGGAAGAGGUUCUAGAGGAGGAGCUACCAGCUUCUUCCUCCGUUCGUGUGCCCACUCCUCCAAGGGUACCGGACGAGCACUACAUCAGUGAAGCCCGGCGCAUUCUGGACCAGCCUCAGCCAGAGGUUCCAGAAGAGAUCGCAGCCGCGGCAGCUGACGCGCCAGCAGAAGAAUCUGGCAACGAGACGGAAGUUGAGUGGGGAGAUUCGCUCUCGAGCUACAGCAGCUACGAGGUGUGCGAGAUCCCUGACCUGGAAACCGCCAGGAAGCGGUAUCCUUCCUUGGACGUGUCCAGCAACUUGACACCGUGGCUUGUGCGCCACGCGGCAUGGCUGAUAGCACGUUUCCAUGUGAGAGGAAAAGAUGGGCUCACGCCCUACCGCCUGACAACUGGCAGCGACUACUCACACCCAGUCGCCAUGCUAGGCGAAGUAGUUCUAGGAAAAGUACCGACCCCGAGGGGCAAGAUGCAGCGAAGGUGGAUCAAAGGCAUAUGGCUAGGUAAGUUGGACAGAGACGACAGCAAUGUGCUCGGCACGUCGUCUGGGGCAAUCGCCGUGAGAUCGGUGAGAAGACUGCCAAAGGAAUCGCAGAUCAGUCAAGAGCUGAUGAACAACAUGAAAGGAAUUCCUUGGCAACCCCGCGACGGGAUGAGGCACAAGAUCAACAGAGAGCUGUCACAGCCAGUGGCACUCCCAGCGCCAGCCGCAGCGGGUCCCACCGCGCUGGCAUCAGAACCCCCAGAGGAAGAACAUCCGACACUGGCAGAAGAUGGUCAAAACGUUGACCAAGAUGGGUUAGUCGUGCAAGCCGCAGCCCAGCUGGAAGACCUACUUGGCGACCAAGCCGAGGACUUCCCAGCGGGUAUCCCCGCGGACGACGACGACGCACUCAGCUGCGUGCCCACCACGCCAGCAAGAUCUGAAGCUGCAGAUCCUCCGCCGGCAGCAAGGCCGAGCGGGCAGCCUCCGCCCUUCCGAGGUGCGGGAUGGUCAUCGUCGCUUCAGAGCCUCCCGGACGAACCGAUGAGUCCGAGCGGACUUGGUCAAGGAGGGAAGCGAGUAAGAGAUGAUCAGGCAGCGCUUGCACCCGGACAAGCUGAAGCCAAGCAGUCCAGGCAAGCAGGUGUCUUGCAGCAUUUAACAAAUCACGAGAUCUGGUCCCAUAUCCAAGAAUGGGCCAACUCCGAGGACAAGAGCAAUCCAAUGGCUUUGCAAAGGGUAGCCAAUGUGACGGAUUUCGUCGACCAAUUGCUCGACCCAGAGGAGGUUACCAAAGCGCGAAAAGUCCAACUUCAAAAGCUUUGGGAGCGAGGAGCAUACAAGUCGCGUUUCACAUGCGCUGACGUCAAGGCUCGCUACACAGCAGCCGAGGAGGAGGGAUUGGACGUGUUCGUUCCAACUCCGACCCCAGAAGCGCACAAUCUUCUGGAGGUCUAUGCUCUGACAAAGGGUUACUACGCCCGAAGUCUGGACAUCGUCGCAGCCUUCUUGAUUGGAGCUGACCGAGGAGCCAGCGAAGGGAAGCAUGUCUACAUGCGUGCACCAGUUGAGUGGCACGACAUCUUCCUUGAAUGGCUAGAAACUCUCAGCCCCGAAUUGAAGGAGUGGUACAAGGAAUCGUUCAAAGAACUUUUCUUCAGGUUGGAUGGAAACCUAUACGGCAGAAGGACAGCCGGAUCCGUCUACAGAAAUGAGUUGGAGGAAAUCCUCUGCUCAAAGGUUGAUCCACAGCGGUAUUCUUUCUCUCGUGGUGAGAAGGAUCCAUGUGUCUUCCGUUGUGACAAGUCAGGGAUCAUCCUGAUUCACCACAUAGACGACAUCCGUAUGGCUGGACCAAAAGAGGCUGUCAACCACCUGGUUGAAGUCGAAAUGCCGAAACACUGUGAGGUCCAAGCAGGAGAGCUCGAAAGCGAAGGAACAGCUGUUGAGUACCUGGGUCGCACCAAGGUACGAACCAAAGAUGCUAUCAUCACGAUACCAGAUGAGAAGCACAUCAAAGCUGUCAUCGCUGCUGCGGGAAUCUCCGCCAGAGACCGCAGUGAGGUUCCUUCCAAACAACUGAACCUCUUAGAAACGGAGCCUCUUGGCGAGGCAGAUGCCAAGCUGUAUCGCUCGGCAGUAGGAUCAGCGAUCUACCUGUCGCUGGACAGGAGGGAGAUCCAGUACGCGGUAAAAGAAGCAGCGCGACACAUGUCGCAACCGCGAAAAUGUGACAUGCAAGCCGUCAAGACUCUCGCGGCAUACCUGCAGUCGCACCCACAUGUUGGCCGAGUCACAACCUGUGAUCCCAACUGUAGCUCAGAGUGGCCAUGCGAAUUGUAUAGCGAUUCGGAUUGGGCCGGAUGCCUAGAAACACGGCGAAGCACCGACUGUUACCUAGCAGUUGUGUGUGGUGCAAUCGUCGCAUGUGGCACACAGACCCAACCGGGCCUACCAGCGACAAGUUCGCCGGAUGCUGAGCUCAGGGGAGUUUCAAGGGCAGCUAGGGAAGCUAUCUUCCUCAAGGAGCUGAUCCCCCGAGAUUUUGGCCAGCAGUGCGGUAAGCCCCGCCUAUGGACGGACAGUUCAUCGGCAAUGCAAGCUUCCAAGCGCAUUGGAACCUGGUCCAAGCUCAGACACCUAGAAGUCUGUGAGUUCUAUGUGCAAGGAGCUUUGCAGUCCAAGCAGAUAGCUUUGGGCAAGGUCAAGGGCACCGUGAAUUGUGCCAACUUCCUCACCAAACACCCAAAGAGUGGAACGGAAGUAAGGCAAGCAAUGCCUGGUUUAGGCAUGUAUGAAGCUCGUGACGGAGAAGAUAUGCUCUCUUCGAGCAAGAAGAUCUCUGUCAAGGUCUCAACCGUAACCAAGCAGCAUGCGUGGAAGACUCCUACGCCAGCUUGUGUUGGUUGGAUCAAAGACCAAGAUCGAGCGGGAAGAACCGCCACGGCCUAUCGGCAAAAUGGACAACUGGUCGGUGCAUCAAGGGUGACUGCCAUCAGAAACAAUCAGCAGCUAACGCUGACCAAUCCAGAACUUACUCCUCGAGGGAUCGAGAGGUGGCAUGAGGAACGUUGGGUCCAAGAAGCCGCAGAGGCCAGAAUGACCAUACAGGAGUUGAUUGAAUGGCGCAACCAAGAAGAGUCUCUCCUACGAGGAGAGCAUCCCGACGGCAUGUCGGACCUCCAGGACUCUGAGUCAAGUGAGUCCGAGGCGGCACCAGCCAGCGCGGGCAGCACCGCUGAACAGCGGGCAGCUCCGCCUGAGCGGGCAGACCCGCCGACCCGGGAACCGGAAAGCGAAGCCGAUGCAGCCAGCAUCGAGCGGAGCGACCCGUUCGCCCAUAUGUCUCCGGCAGAAUUCGAACAAUGGAGACGGGCUGAAGACCGGAAAUGGGCAAGUGCUCGAACACCAGAGGAGCGUGAACGCUACCAUGUGGAGGGUUUGUUCUUGGCCCUGCGCGCAGUGGACAACCACGUGUUGGUCUUUGCCGUAAGGCCUGCAGUGGAAGAACGUUUGGGCGGAUCCAGUUGCUGGAAGAUGAAGACGGUCGAGUCCCGUAUUGCGUUUAGUCGCUUCAUUUUCGAAGAUGCUGAGCAGUGCGCUUUGCAAGGCGCAAGGGGUUGA